AAGAGUUCCGCGCGCUCUUUAAAAAGGUGAUCUAAACGAUUUCAACGAGGCUUUGAAAAGAAAUCCUGGAUGUUUCGACAGAUCCCGCGUCUUUUAGAGAAAGUUCGACAUUAGAAUGAAUAGGUUCCUCAGAUAGUGGAUGAACACUUGAGUGUUUGAGUCAUGGUCAUUAUGACAUCACACCCUCCUCCAUUGACAUUUGACCAUCAGGUCGGGAUGAUUUGGACUUUAGGCUGGAGUAGCUGCCACUCAUCCACAUGGCCACACCUUCUAUGGAUGCUGUGGGUGUGUCUAAGCCCAUGUAUCUUCGCUCACCAACACUCACACCCACAUUCCAUCAAACUUCCUGGGGACAUCACCUUGGGGGGCCUUUUCCCAGUCCACGCCAGGGGCCAUGCAGGGGUCCAGUGUGGGGAAAUAAAAAAGGAGAAAGGAAUCCACCGUUUGGAGGCCAUGCUUUAUGCCCUGGACCAGAUUAACAGUGACCCAGAACUGCUACCAAACAUAACACUAGGGGCCCGGAUUCUUGACACAUGUUCCAGGGACACUUACGCUCUGGAGCAGUCUCUGACUUUUGUCCAGGCUCUCAUUCAGAAAGACACAUCGGACAUCCGUUGCUCUAAUGGGGAACAACCAAUCAUACGCAAGCCUGAGCGUGUGGUGGGUGUGAUCGGGGCGUCUGGCAGUUCCGUGUCCAUCAUGGUCGCCAAUGUGCUGCGAUUGUUUGAGAUCCCCCAAAUCAGUUAUGCCUCCACAGCGCCUGAGUUAAGCGACAACAACCGAUACGACUUCUUUUCACGGGUGGUACCACCGGAUUCCUACCAGGCUCAAGCUAUGGUGGACAUUGUCAAGGCACUGGGCUGGAACUAUGUGUCCACUUUAGCAUCAGAGGGGAAUUAUGGGGAAAGUGGAGUUGAUGCCUUCGUUCAGAUCUCUCGAGAGGCAGGAGGUCUGUGCAUCGCCCAGUCCUUGAAGAUCCCACGAGAGCCCAAACCAGGAGAGUUUGACAAGAUCAUUAAGAGAUUAAUGGAGACGCCCAAUGCUCGAGGGGUCAUCAUCUUCGCCCAUGAGGAUGACAUCAAACAGGUUCUGGAGGCUGCAAGGAAGUCCAAUCUGACUGGUCACUUCAAGUUUGUUGGAUCAGACAGCUGGGGUGCCAAAAGCUCUCCAAUCUUGGACCAGGAGGAUUUGGCUGAGGGUGCUGUCACCAUCCUACCUAAAAGAGCAUCUAUUGAAGGGUUUGACCAGUACUUCACCACUCGAUCCUUGGAGAACAACCGCAGAAAUAUCUGGUUCGCUGAAUUCUGGGAGGACGACUUUAGGUGUAAACUGACACGUCCAGGUAUCAAGAUUGAUCCGGAAAAAAAGAAAUGCACAGGAGAAGAACGGAUCAGUCGCGAUUCCUAUUACGAACAGGAGGGAAAGGUUCAGUUUGUAAUUGACGCAGUGUACUCCAUGGCUCACGCUUUGCACAACAUGCAUCAGGAUCUGUGCCCAGGAGCCGCAGGUGUGUGUGAUAAGAUGGACACAGUGGAGGGACGCUUGUUGCUUAGCUACAUCCGCUCCGUCAACUUCAAUGGUAGCGCUGGCACUGCAGUUCUGUUUAAUGAAAAUGGUGAUGCUCCUGGACGCUAUGACAUCUUUCAGUACCAGAUGACCAACACCACCAGUCCAGGAUACAGAGUCAUCGGCCAAUGGACCAAUAACCUACGGCUCAACGUGGAAGAGAUGCAGUGGACCGGUGGCUCCCGCCUGAUUCCGGACUCCGUGUGCAGUUUUCCAUGCCGCUCGGGCGAAAGGAAGAAGAUGGUGAAGGGUGUUCCGUGCUGCUGGCAUUGUGAACUCUGUGACGGGUAUCAAUUUCAAGCCGACGAGUUCAACUGCGAGAUGUGCCCUUUCGACAUGCGCCCGACCCCUAACCGUACGGCCUGCCGGCCCACACCCAUUAUCAAACUGGAGUGGCAUUCGCCCUGGGCCAUUAUCCCUCUGUUCCUGGCCAUUCUGGGCAUCAUGGCCACCCUGUCCAUCAUCAUCACCUUCAUCCGCUUCAACGACACUCCCAUCGUGAGAGCCGCUGGACGUGAGCUCAGCUACGUGCUCCUGACCGGAAUCUUCCUUAUCUACCUCAUUACCUUCCUCAUGAUCGCCGAGCCGGGAAUGGUGGUGUGUGCAUUUCGCAGGCUGUUGCUCGGUCUGGGCAUGUGCAUUACGUACUCCGCCAUGCUCACCAAGACCAAUCGCAUUUACCGCAUCUUCGAGCAAGGCAAGAAGUCUGUCACACCACCAAAAUUUAUCAGCCCCACUUCGCAGCUUGCGAUUACCUUCAUAAUGAUCUCAGUACAGUUGGUGGGUGUGUUUGUCUGGUUUGGCUUUAUGCCCCCACACACCAUCGUGGACUAUGAAGAAUUGCGACCGCCCAAUCCAGAGCUUGCACGUGGAAUCCUGAAGUGUGACAUGUCUGAUUUGUCACUCAUCUGUUGUCUGAGCUACAGUAUUGUGCUGAUGGUCACAUGCACAGUCUACGCUGUCAAGAGCCGCGGCGUACCCGAGACCUUCAAUGAAGCAAAACCAAUCGGCUUCACCAUGUAUACCACUUGCAUCGUCUGGCUGGCAUUUGUGCCUAUUUUCUUUGGCACAGCACAGUCCACAGAGAAGAUGUUCAUACAGACGACUACCCUGACUGUUUCCAUGAGUCUGAGUGCGUCUGUGUCUCUGGGGAUGCUCUACAUGCCGAAAUUCUACGUCAUCAUCUUCCACCCAGAGCAGAACGUACAGAAACGCAAGCGCAGCUUCAAGGCUGUGGUGCAAGCUGCCACCAUGUCCUCACGCCUAUCGCAGAAAUCCAUCAAUGAGAAGCAGAAUGGAGAAACUAAGAUUGAGCCAGACAGGACACAGUAGCAGGUCCUAGCAGGUGACCCUUGGAGCAGCUGUGUAGAACUCAAAUCACAGAAGAACUGCAUCAAAGGGAGAGUUUUGCUGUGUUGUUUUUUGCUUGUUCCAGGUGAGGACGAUAAUAACGCCAAUUUUACUGACUGUAAAACAUAAACUGCAAACACUGCAAACAUAAAAUACUUUAUCGAGCAUCUUUGUUGAACACUUGAUAUGCUUCAUACUGUAGAUAUAGAAUGUGUCCAAAAAAACUUUCUCGACCAAAUUAUUUUUUGCUGAUAGCACAACACAAUCUCCCUUUUUCUCUCCAUUUUGUACCUCAAAAAGGAUAAAGGUUUGUUGCAUUUCUGAGGUUGAUUCAUUAAGGUAGCAUGAGAUGUUUACAAUGGUGCAAUUUUGGACUUGCGAGCACAGACAGAGUAAAACCAAAAUAAAGACCACAAGUUUUGAUAGAAAUACAGAUUUUGACUGGCGUUAAAGGAACAUUUGCACACCUUAAAAAAAGGCUACAGCAAAUUCACUUUUCGUCAGAUUAGCUCAAGUUGUGUCAUGAUACUCAAAUUAGUUUUUUAUCAUAAGCUCAGAUAAUAAAUUAGACACUAUUUUAAGCCAGUCCUGUAUUUUAGCUUUGUGCAACUAAUAUUUAUUUAACUACUUUUAACUAGAAUUGUUUAACUAGCUUGUUCAACUAGCUCUUUGUUCAGAGGAAACAUUUAUUUAAUGUUGAUCAUUUUUAAAUGAUUGAUCUCCAUGGCCAAAGUGAUGUUGGUGCUUUUAUAAAGAAACCUGUAGGGAAGGUGUGACUCAGAACAUCAAUAUUCAGUAUCCAGAAUGCACCAGAUUAAAGAAUAAUGUACAGUUAACCUGACUUUACAUUGUAAAUAUAAUAAUGAGAAGAAGUGGAAAUUGUAUGUGUAAAAAGUAUUAUUUUGUGUGUUCUAAGGCAAGUAUUCUGUGUUUGACUGACAGUUUGCAUGGGAAACUCCUAUGAUGAAAGUCUUAUUAUGUUACAAUGUUAUGUUAUGACAUGACUGCUGUGUUUGCCCAUGAAAUCACUUUAAAGAAAUGUCUGUUUACAUCUUUUUAUAAAAAAAAAAUGUAAUCAGUGUUUAGGAUAUCCAUGUAUUCUGCUGAGUUCAUACUCUACAUUGCGUAGGUAAACGCAUCUACAGCAUCAGUAUUGUCUCUAUGAAGAUGGACUGUUUGUUGAAUGGUACAAUCACUAAUAGACAAUGCAAAACAAAUGUAAUGCAAAUCAGUUGUUAUUUAUUCAAAGAAAAGAAAUGGAUGCUGGUCAGAAGGCUUUGCCACAAGACUUCCUUAAAUGGAAACGGAGGAGCACAAUUGUAUGCUGAUUGUGUGACUCAUUGUUUUCUGAAUCUUGCAGAUUACAUUUUAUUAGUUCAGUGUUUCUGAUCACAAAUUUCAUUCAAUAAAAAUCUACAGCAAAUAGUAAAAAACGAUAUGAGAAAUUAUUUAUGGCAAAUAGAUAUGGUCAGUGUGUGUUUUUCACGUA